GCCCGUACACGGUAUAGAUGCUAUCUGUCAUGUUUGACGUGUCAGCCUGGAGGCAGGAAUUUGGAAAAAACUUGCCAGAAAUCCCCUCCUACUUCAGACUACAGUGCCACCUCUCAAGGCGUCUUAAAUGCAAAACUUCCUCUUACAGGUGCCUGACUUAUGCUGUUUUCACCUGGAAGGGAGUGCCCGGUGUGCAACAGGCUGUGAAUGAACAUCGGGGAGUUGCAGGGCAGAGACAAGAAUCUGGAAAGGAAGACCAGUUUGUUCCCAGCAAUAACCCACCAGUUGCUAACUGGUAAACCUCUGAGACACCAGUGCCAGAGGAGGGGAAAAAAAUGAGUAAUUCUCCCGAGCCAAAAAUCCUGGGGAAACAAACUCCAGCCACGUUGCCAACGAAGUGUCAAAUCGUCGAGUUAAACAUUGGCGGGGACAUCUUCACAACCGCACUGAGCACCCUGAAGAAGUACCCAGGAUCCAUACUGGCGGAGAUGUUUGGCCAGGCGAAACCCCGAACAGAUUCGCUGGGGCGAGUCUUCAUAGACAGGCCUGGGACUUAUUUUAAAUACAUCCUGGAGUAUCUGCGUAGUGGCCAGGUUCCCUUAAAAGAUGUUGAGGAGGUUUACAAAGAAGCCACCUACUACGACAUCAAGCCUCUGAUCAAGCAACUGGAAGAGUCUCCUCAGAUCUUCGGGGAGCUGGUGGCCAGGAAACAGUUCCUCGCACGGGUGCCCAACUAUUCCGAAAACAUCGAGCUUAUGAUCCGAAUCGCCCGGGCAGAAGCCGUGGCCUCUCGCAAAUCCAGCGUCAUAUUCUGCGUGAUGAAGACUUUGGAAGACGUGGCGAGGUGUAGCGAUGCUCUCAGCAGCUUAGAUACCUCCAAGGAAUCUGUGGUCCAGUUCGGCCCGUGGAAAGCUGCCCCGGACAAUCGGGAUCUCCUGGACUGCAUCAAGAUGGAUAUGGAUAGCAAAGGUUACAAGACAUCUUUCCAGGGGUUCAUUCCAGACAAAGGCUUUCGCUUCUCCUCCAAGAAUGACUUCUUCUACAAGUGUUUGUUCCACUGGUGGUAGCUCAAAGCUCGCAACUCAUAAGAUCUAGGAGGUCUCUUGUAAAGCAGGACGUAAAGUGAGAUUUGGACAUGAAGUGUGAAACCUACUGGGUCAGGCUGGACAGC